UAGUGUGGUAUCAUUUACGUUUGCGCUCGUAAUAUUAUAAUAAGCACUUGGGUGUAUUGUGGUGCCCUGUGGUUUGUGGGACAUCAUAUUUGUUAUUUACGAGGGACAGAGUAUCUCAAGAGAGUGCUUUUAUAUUCUCUCGUGCGUGUCUCUUGUGUGAGUUGUUGUUUUAUUUUUUCGCGGUGUGUUGUAACCUAGUGUGGGCUCGCGUGGCUCACGGCAAACAGGUGUAAGGUGUAAAUGUGAUGUUGAUGCAGAGGUUGCCGGACUGGACACUGGAACUGGACACUCGGAGGCAUUUACGUGCAGCACACUAAACGAAAGUGCAAUUUAUAUAUUUGCGCGCACCGAGCAUGCGUGCGCGUUUUAACUUUGAAGACGCCCUCGAACCUCCAGCGAGCGCACCUGGGUGGAAUUGAAAACUUGAAGGAGAUAAUAGCAAGUUGCACGCGGUGUCUGUGGUCGGCGGAUUUAUCUUAAAGACGCCAACAUGGAAUUACUAACGACGGUCGUUUAUCAGACUGUUUCCAACAAUCGUCCACGAGCGUGGUCUUCGCACACGAAUAUUAGCCGCGAUGACAAGCCACAAUUGCGGUUUGCGCACAAGAAGAGUAUGAAUAGCGUGGAGGAAUUAUCGACGUACGAUCUGCAUUAUUUCGGUGGCAAAACGGCGGCGACCACGUACGAUUUUCCGGAGCACGCGCCCUCCAGCGCGAAGAAAGACCGAAAAUGGUCGUUCGGCAAUUUGUUCUUUCGAAGGAGCAAGAAAAAGGAUGAUUCCGAUACUUCAUCCGCCGAGGAAGAACUUAAAAAGAACUUUCUCAAUCGCAAGAAACCCAAGGAUAAGCGGAAAAAAGAGAAACGAUCAUUGGGGAACGCGUUUGAUCAUAUAGUUCCUGCUUCCAAUACGUCAACGUCUAGUAGACAAUCGAAUAAAAAUGGCUUCCGCAUGGGUGGGUCUUUUGAAGAUGGCGUGUUGUCAGAUCCAAGUGGGUGUUUUGAUUCCUACUUGGGGAGACCACUUCCACGACCUCCACAUAAUAGAGAAAUCAGUAGCAGCUUGGGUAAUAGUAAUAGUGUGGGUCACCUUGGAACUCCAACGUCAGUUCAUGGCAAUAAUCAUCAAAUGAACACCAGUUUAGGUUCAUCGGCGGACUCUUUGACGAAAAAACACCGAAAGGAACGCACAAAAGCCCGCGCGGUUGCAAGAAGGGACUCUUUUAAUCGUCACAGCAGUUCUGAUGAGGAAGACUCUCGAUCAGCGUCUUCGUCGAAGUUUCGAAGUGAUGAAAGUUUGUCAAAGCGAGAUCAUUCCGCUAGCAGGCGGUCGCGUUUGGCACGCACCGAACGCUACGCUCGGAGAUUGUCCAAGGACGAUGAAUCCAUCCUUAAUCGGGAAGCGAUGCAGCGGCAAGCUAGGGAGAAUUGGCAAAUCCGUGUUCGCGACGACUACUCACCACACCUCCUGCUGCCGACCACACCUCCUCAAAUACGCAAAUUUUAUACGCCUCCUAAUCAUCCAAGUCCGAACAACUACAAUUACAACCACCAUUUUAAUGGUUAUUAUAACUACAGUCCGACCACCUACGAAGAAGAGCUACAUGCGCUGAGUAGUCAAAACCGCAACUCUGGUCUCUUUACCAUCCCGCCUAGUCAUCAUAGUCAUAGCAAUAAAUUUCGAAACUCAAGCUCGCAACAUGCGCAACUGCCGUACAACGAAGCGAAUAGCAUCAUGGACAUGAACGGGAGUAGAUUAUCCAUGUUGAAUUCAUCAGGGAGCAUUAAUCAUCAGUAUCAUCAAGGAUAUCAACCCAAUAAUCAAAAUUCGAAAUGUUUUAACAUACGUAGUUUAUCAUGUGACUCGAAUAUACAUAAAAGUCCUUCACCUGAAGAUGAUCUUCGCCAAACAACGAGAACUAAUCAGAAUUCAAGAUAUCGUAAUCUAAGUCUAGUGGAACAACCUAGAUUGAAGCAACCGCCACCUCCACCGCCAAGAGAUCCACGACGAAUGGUAAACCCACAAAACCCUCCACCAGAUAUGACAAGACCAUCGAGUCAAUGGUAUCCGAAUUUAAACAAUCGACGAUCACAAUUUGGAGGUUACCGUACCAAUUCGGAGGAUGUCAUCCCCACUUUUGACCGCAAUGACAAAGAUCGUAUAGUUAAUAUGGUCGAGAGACCAGCUUCUGCUAUGACACACGAUAUGGGUAAGAAGCAUCCAGGAGUAGCCCAAGACCCGGAUAAGUUUAAAUAUCUCACUGAGAAACGUCCACGAAGUCGUAAACCUAUCUUUAUCCAGUCUACGGAUAGAAUUAACUCCACUAAGUACAACGGGUCAUCGUCGCCGAAUCAAAACAAUUGGAAACCAGCUGGUCAAGCGGGGGCGCUUCCUGGUAAUAAUGACAGACAGAGUCCUCAAAUAUUUACUGCGCAAACUCAUGUGCAGACGAAGAUUUUCUUACCGAGUACUGUAAGCGAUAAUAAGAAUAUUAAAGAAGGUGUGGACACUGUUGACUUUUGUAAGACGCAAGUUGCGAGACAGAAUAGUCCAUUCAAACCAAUUUCUCCUACUGAGAUGGAAAAAGUUGCCAGUCAAAAGUCAGGUUCUCCCAAAUUUGCACAGUCACCGAUUUAUAAACACUCUGCAUCCUCGGAGCCUGUUUCAAAUCAAGAUGAACCUUGCGAAGAAAUAAAACGAAAAUCUGCUAAUCUUGAAGAAGCUCUUGAUGAAUUGGAAGCAAUCUAUAAAAGUCUUCACCUAGGUGAUGAGGACCUCCUGGAGCGUGCUGAACAACGUGAGAUGGAUAUUCACGCGCAGAAAUUGCUCGCAAAGAAGAAUGAAACUAUUUCUGGACAGUCUCCUAUGAUGAACAGUGGGCAUUUCAGUGAUUCUUCAUUCAGUUAUGAGCCAUACUGUUCGGUAGAUACACCACACAAGAAAAAGUCGCGCACUUUAGAACGAGAUCGCCGUAAUGAUGACAUGGCACUGCGUAAAAUGAAGGAUGGUUCUGAUCCUACGAAAACCCCAUUUAAAUCACUAGCAAAUGUGAGUUAUCUGCUUGCAUCACCGGUUCAUUUUGAACCUUCAUCAAUUGAAGAUGAUAUUGAUAUUGAGGAUAAAUCAGACAAGUCCGAACCUGAUAUUACCUACGAUGAUGUUGUUUAUAGGAUUGUCAAACAUGCGAAUAAUACUUUAAAGGUAGCAGAUCCACAGCCACCAUUUGGUAUUCCCAUUGGUCCUGUUACCUUAGCGGCUAAUAGUGAUUAUUUGCACGCUGUGCCAGAGAAGAUUUCUUAUAUACCGUACAACAAGAACAAAAUUCCUGAUAUUGUCAAAGAUGAUCUGGCUUAUCGUAAUCUCAGAAAGGACGCGAACAAAGAACCUGCUCUAAAACCUGUGAGUCCAGUAAACUUUGACAUCAAUGGCUUUAGUAAAGACUCUAAAAAGAAACGAGCUGUUCGAUCACUGUCAGCAAAUAUUUCUAAUUUGAUUAAUCAGGACUCUAGGAAGAAUAGGGAUGGGGAUUGUGAAAACGAAUUUAAGAAAACCAGGUUGACUGAUAUUGCAGAUGCCAUGGAAAUUGCUCGUCAAAUAUUGAAAGAAAAAGAGAAUAGGAUUCAAGCUACAAAGAGGGCUUUUCUUAGUGAUAGUGAAACUAAGUAUAGAGCCGAGAGACCCUCGGGAAUCUCCGCGAGCAGUACCGAAACUAUCACGGAGAGUAGAUUGAAUUUCCUUAAUGAGAUGAGAUCAUUACAUAAUAAAUCCAGAGGUCAUUCGGAGGAAGAUGAAGAAAGGUCGAAAAAUCAUGAAAGGGAAGCAUUGCCAAAGGCUAAGUUCUUAGGCGAUGAUUUUGUACUGAGCAAACCACCGCGCGGUGCAACCCCGGAUCGUAGAUUCAAUAAGGAAUCAACCCCUACGCCUACUCCUAAUAUUUCCACUUCACCGGAAACCACACCCCGGAAGGAUUCAUUAAACUCGUCGUUUGAGGAGUUGUUAACCGCGCUGGCAGUUGAAGCAAGGGAAACUUCUGAUCGCAUCACUAAUGAACUUAAUACCUUGGAUGAUAAUCUCAAAAGGAAGGAGUCUAAAGAAGCGGAACUCAAUGAAUCAACCAAACAAAAGUGUGAUGAAAUCGAUGCUGUCUCCGAACAUGCUAAAUUAUGUGAAAAAUUACUGGAAUGUGUAGUGGAAAGCACAGAACUUAUUGCUUCCACUAAAGUUGAAGCUCCUCCGGAGGAAGAGGAAGUGGUUCAGAUUGAUGAGCAUCUGCCUUGUAUUCCACAGUCAAAGGCAAACAUCGUAACUACAAGAAUUGACGUGGUUGAUGUUGACGUCAACCCUGUGGAUGUGGUUGAAGUUCAUAGUUCAUCCGAGCAUGAUUAUGAUAAUCUAAUAUCUGAUUACGAAGACGCCUCCAAGAUGUCCAGGUCUCCAUUUGAGGAGCACAAGGCUGAGUUGAUCGCCUCGUUCCGUGGGAUGAAGUCCGAUCUAAGUGAUACCGAUGACCAGGCAGAGGUGGUUCAGGCCAAGCCGAAGGAAGGUGAGCGGUGUGUUCGCCCGGCUGAUAACCCAAGUGCUUUGCCUGAUCCCUUUGACGAUGUUAACAAUACCACCAACAAAAACACCGCAUUUGUAUCCGAAGUUAAUUUAGACGAGCUGCUUAACGCACAAAAUCAGUCCGAGCAUGUGACGCAUGCGCACGCGAUGCAAACGUCGUUCGUAACCAACUGUGAUAUUUUUAUUGAUGAUUACCCGCUAGACGGUGACGAGGAGCGCACUCCCGACGACGAUUGUGACUCGCAGCCGAGUUCGGGUUUUCACAGCAACGGUGACGCGGAUAGUCGUUAUUUUUCAAAUUCGAAUCUCGCGAAUUUCGCUGUUGAUCAGAUCCCAGAAACCCUUUUGGAAACUUUGGAGUCGCCUAGGCUUGUUACGUCUGUUAUGAAGGCGUGUUCAACUCAUGAUUUGCCUUCUACGUCGAAAUCGGAGGAAUUAUUGCAAUCGAUUACAAAGGAAUCGCCAAGUUGGCUGCAAGUCAAAAUUUUAGUGAUCAUUGUAAACUUGCGGCGGAAUCGACAAAGUCUACGGCGGAAACGUCGCGUGAUAAAAAUUGCUCGCCGAGUAACGAUGCGAAUCGAUCCGUUUCGUGCUCAUCUGGCCAAAGUCGUAAUAAUAACUCGGGAAAUGCGAAUCGUUCGCGACCGCCGGCGGAAAAGUCGAAAUCACGAACCUGGUACGGUGACCCGAUGGUUUUGGCGUUUGCAUGCUCGUACGGCGUUGCAUGCUCUUAUCAGUUGGCUACGCUUGAUGUCGUCACCAUUUUGGGCAUCGUUUUUCUGUGCGCGUAGAAGACGCCGUUAUAGAAAACGCACACGACGAGUCCCAACCCCCGUGACGGAUCCAUGCGAACUAGGUUGGACAGUCGGCGGCGAAGUGAUGGACAAGACGACGGGCAGUAGGCUGGAGGGCACUAGUGAGGAUCGCAUUGCGAGAUACAAAGAAGAACGGCGGCGGCAGUUGCGAGAGCAGUUUAAGGAAGGUUCUAGCUCCAGCGGGACAGAAAAUGGCGCCGCGCCGAGGACUACAAGGGCGUACCGACUACGAGUCGCUGCCGCCGCCACUGCAGCCGCAGAGAGUGCUAGUCAAUGUUCACCAAGUCCAGCAAAAGAGGGGCUGAAUCCGUCCCUAUCGACUGAUUCCCUUCGAAGCACAAAAAGUGAAAAGGACAAAAGCGCCAAACGCAAGUCCAACUUGAACCGUGCGUUGACAUGCGAACAGGUGCCGCCUCCGCAUGAUACCGAUGAGUUAAAUGGGCGCGCACGGCGACGGCGGCGCAGCGCGCGCCCCAUCAAUGCCGUCAGUCCGACGACAACUUCUAGUCCGGCCACCUCGUGCACAACGGCUGCAGAGGACCGUCUUAGCGAAGCUAGUCUCAACCCCACUGCCACCACCGCCAGCACCCUCUCACCGAUGUCUUCUUCGCCAAUCAGCAGCACUGCCAGCAGCGCCGCCAAGCCGCGCAAGUCCGAGCUGAGCGUUCACAUGGAGAACGCGCGUCGCGGUGUCACACCAUCAUCCUCGCACAAACUGCAGCACCCUACCCGCCCCGUCACUUCUAGCCCCAUGGAGAGGGUGGACAAAGGACGCGCUAACAAGGAGAAUUUAACGCACGCAAAGCCGCGACCCACCGCCGCCAAGACUGACGACAACACGACGUUCACACGACUACGAGAUAAAAAAGUGCCUAACAGUAGCGACAAAGUAGUGACGAAAGAAAGUAGUCCUAGUGUAAGUACAGCAAAGGCGAAUAGUAGGCUGUCGCGUCGACUCGACGAGCUGACCGCCCUAACGAGGGAGACGCUCGCACGCGUGACUAACCAAUCGAAUCAACAGACUGCCAACAAGACACGCCCUAUUUCGAACACGCCUUCCGCGACAGAGGCGGAGCCAUCGCGGAAGCCACAACCUUCCACAAGCGAAGAAUCCCGCCCCAAUCGAACAAAAACAUCCGACUCUCUACAAUCAGUGCCGGUGUCAAUUUUAAAACGGAAAGUCUCCCAAGAAGAGAAACCGGAAGCCAAAUGGCUUGUGGCCACGCCUCCGGUGACAUUCUCGCCAAACGUGGUGGAGCCAGCAGCGACCAAUCGUAAGGCGGGAAUUUUGAAAAAGCGACGAAGUCUGGAUGAAUCGCAGGUGCUUCGGCAUCGCUCCUGCAGCCCAGAUACGAACAAAUCACACUCGCCAGGUAAUAGUAUUCUAAAACCACAGAGACGUUCCUCCUUGGAGGAGAUCACAAUUCGGAAUGACCCAACCAUUCAAGGUAUACUCAAGCGCAAGACGCCUAGAGAUGAAGAUUUAGACAAUUCGCUAAAUUCUCCACAAGGAACACAUGGAAUGCAGGGAAUUCUCAAACGUCGAUCAGGUGCAAGCAGCGCUGGAUCAGGCGUGCAGGACACGCACAAACAUCACGUCUCCAUCACAACCGCUGUGAUAUUAGCUGCGGCAGAAGGUGCCGAAAUGAUUUUAGAGCCUGAACCGGAAGUCCGGCCAAUAUUGAAAAAGAAAAGCUUUUCGGAUGAAGGCGACGAUCUCAAACCAAUACUUAAGAAGAAGUCUAGUACUGAGACUGACGAAGCGGAUGAUAAACCUAAAAGACCUAUUUUGAAGCACAGGAAGCAGGUUAGUAAGGUAUCUAAGGAUGAUUAUUGCAGUGCUAAUGAGUCUGGGUCUGAAUGUGAUGUAAAAUCGAUUUUGAAAUAUUUUGGAAUCACUGGUAACGAAGCACCAAACAAUUUUUCUUCAACUGCUAGGCCCAGGUUGUCUUUCUGUGAAGAUAGAGUUGAAACUGAGGAGGAGGUAAACAAGAGAAGAGUUCGACGACUGCAACAUGAUCAGAUAUUCAACAGCACUGCUAAAAGUCAACAGAUUGAGAAAGUAGUCGAUAAGGAUCGCGACUUGACUAAACCACGCAACGUUUCCGUCUUUGACUUGGUUAGGUCCUUUGAGAACUCUACAGGAGCUAUACCUAAGAAGAAAUCACCAACUAAACGACAUUCGGAUAGAUAUAGGACGCAACCUGUAACAUUCAACGAAUUUGAAGCGAGCCUCAACUACGUUGGGUUAGCAUCGUCGAGCAACUCAGCGAACGCACAUUCUCUGCUGGAUUUGUCUACGUCCAUCUCGUUAGAGCAUGACAUGGCAAGUUCCACCAAGAAUGCCAGUGACCAUAUGAACGCUAGUGACGAUCCUGCCGGAGGGAAGAUGUCUUCCGACUCUGCUUUUCAGUCCCUCGGAGAUGGCCUAGAGUUGGAGGAAACCAACGAGCCUUCUGCUGGUGUACACAAAUCUCCUUCGAAGAAGCUUGAACCGUCCAAUCUUGCGAUGCAGAUGAAAGCAAUCGCAAUGGAGGCAAAAAAUCUUAAACUCGCAAAUCUUAAAAGCGGAUCCAACAAGUUUCGCUCCAACGCUGCAGCCAGUCCACGAUUUUCCACACAGCCAGUGACAUCCGCGGAAGUGGAUCAAGCUGCUAACGCAAGCUUUGCAAAAACUGACACAGUAGGUUGCGAUGUAGAUGAGUCAGAAUUGUCGCUCACUGAGCGUGUUAAACUUUUCAAUGAAAAAAUACAUCAGGCGCGCUUUCCCGCUCGGAAAAGCGACUCUUUCCUAAUGGUACCAGCGCGUGUUCGUUAUCAUUCGCUCACCAUCGCCCCAGCCAAGGUGGCGACCGCUUCAAACAUUCAUACCAUUGUCGAAUCAUUCAACUCGUUGUUUGGCUUAGAUGUUUCUGCAAUUUCACCAGUUGCGUCCAGACGCAGCGAUAUCAAGAUAACAACGCACACAUCACCACCUCUAAGUCCCACUUCGCUCAAAACUUCAAGUCGCACGGAAACCCUUGAUGAAGGCAUUUCCUCCAACGAAUCGGACAGCGACAAUGCGUCCAAUGAGCAAGAACCUGAUCCAAAUGAAGAAGAGCAAAAUAAUCCGAAAUCUCUUUCUCCGAGUCUCCUCCAUUUACAAGAGUUGAGUCCGACACCAAGUGCAAAGCUUGAUUUGAAUAGUGAUAACACGUCGGACGAGUCUUCCGGUGGUCGCGAGAUACAAAGCAUUAUCGGAAGCGAAGCGAUGGCCAAACAAAACUGCUAUCUUUUGUAUUUCGACAGAAAUGUUAACUUCGUGCUCACAACACUAAUCGUAAUACAAAACGACUACAACGUGCAGAAGAGUCGCAGCAGCACGGCACUUGGUAAUGAGACCGUUGGAGAUUUCAAAGCGCUACGGACGCCUGAACAUCACCACCUGCAGAAGUCGUCGACCACAGCCGCCAUGCAAAGCGCCACCAUCAGCGAGUUGCGCGCUAAGCUGCAGCACAGCGGUGACAAUGAGUGGCGUAAACGCACUCCUAGGCUGAACAGCACGAAUGAGGAGUUGAACAUGCUCAAAGUAAAAAAUGUUUUGAACGAUGAGCUAUCGGAAAAGUCAAUUUUGAAGAUCAGGAAAGACGAGUUGGACGCGUCUGCCAAGCAAUGGAAGGCGCGUGUGGAAAAGUCCGACGCGGAGAAUUUUUCCGUAGCGGGCCGUAUGCAAAACGACGACGUGCCGCUGAGUAUUCUUACACCUGACAAAGUACGACGCACUCCUAGCUACAAACGUUUUAAAAGCAAGGAAGUUAAUGGAACUGAGUCAUCUUCGACACCCGUAUCACCCGAUUUCAAAUCGCCGUUGAAUACUGGCUUUAAGAGAAGCAACUCUAGUCCGAGUUCCGACUCAUCGGCAAGCGACACCAUGCCAGUUGAAAAUGCCCGAAAAGUUAGCAUUCUCUCACCCGACGAUGAAACUUUCAAGAGUUUCUUUAAGAGCGUCGAAAUCAAAAUGGAAGAACAUGUCGAUGUCAAUUUGGAUGAUUUUGAUACUGUACCAACACAUACAUUACUGGUGCAAAAGAAAAACAUCACCGUACAGAAGCGACGAGGUGCAUCGAGAAACCCAUUAAAGGCGCUGGCCGCCCGCGAUGAUAUUCAACACGAGUACACCGAAGUCACAACUGGAUUUGCCGAGAGAGAAGCCAAAAGACUGAACAUUGAGAAACUGGCGAAAAAUUCCCACUUAUCUGUGGAAGCACUUGCGGGUUUGGCUAGCAAGGAAGACAUCACAGCUGUAUCACUAAAGAAAGCAUCCACAACAGCGUCGGGAUCGAAUUUGCCAUUUAAAGCAAAAAUGUUGCUUCAGAUUAAAGGAAGACGCCACGUGCAAACUCGUCUAGUCGAACCAGCCGCGAGCAGCAUUAACGAGGGCGACAACUACAUUCUGAUCACCCCGUCUAAGUUAUACAACUAUGUCGGUUGUUUCUCAAACGUGAUAGAGCAGAGUCGCGCGGCCGAUAUCAUAAACCACAUCCAGCAGACCAACGACAUGGGUUGUAAACCUAGCAAAACCGUCACCUUGGACUCGAAGAAAGGUCUGCAGAAAGAUCUCGACGAAUUCUGGCACCUGCUUGGUGUUGACAACAAGUCCACGGUCGAAGUGACCAAAGCCGGUCAUCCUGACGAAGACGAAUGUUACGAGUCGCAAAUUAUUGACACCAACAUGGUAUAUACGCUGGAAAAUGACGAACUUGUUUCAGUCACGAAGUAUUGGAGUUCAAUGCCUAAAAUUGAAAUGCUCGAACCAUCCAAAGUAUUUGUAUUUGAUUUUGGGACGGAAAUGUAUGUGUGGAGUGGUAAGACUGCUUCCACCGAAAUGAAAAGAAAAACUUUGCAAUUGGCGAAGGAAAUGUGGGAUUUGGGUUAUAACUACACAGAAUGUGGAUUUUGCCCUAUUAAUGUGGCUUCUUUGUUGGGUGCUCGUGGGUUGCCACAAGAGCAAAUUCUUACGGCAACGGUCCGGCCCGAUUGGGCGCUUUUUGCUAAACUGACGCAACACCGCGAGACGAUACUUUUCAGAGAGAAGUUUCUUGAUUGGCCUGACUAUACACGCGUUAUUAAAGUCAAGGAAGCUGACACUGAUAAGUCCGUGACAGAUCCAAUUAUGGAGGCAAUUAAGCCAUUGUCCAGCGAAAAAUUGAAUUUGCUAUAUACCGAACCUAAUAUUGAGGUGGAGGGUAGCCAGCUCGGGCGUGGACGAGAAUAUUUUGACGAAGAGACACGCCGACAUUUCGAAAUUAAUACUUUAGAUAUCACCGCCUGGACUAUUUUGGAGAACACUUACGAAAAGCUCAACUCGAAUCAAUUGGGACAUUUUAACAGCGCGGAUACUUAUAUUAUUCGAUGGCAGUUUAGAGUAUCUGUGACGGGUCGAGAGUUAAGCGGCAAACCAUCUAAACACAUGCAACUUGGACGGGACAGAUGCGUAUACUUCAGCUGGCUUGGAGAACACGCCACGAUUAACGAGAAAGGUACCACUGCUUUAUUGACCGUCGAAUUGGAUUCUGAACAUGCUAAACAGAUUCGAAUUGUGCAAGGAUCUGAACCACCAGUCUUCCUACAACUUUUUAAUGGUAAGAUGGUUGUGCACAAUGGUAAACUGGACAGUGAAAAGGAGAAGUUGUAUAUUCUAAGAGGGGAAAUUCCGUGUGAGACGUCGCUAAUACAAGUUCCAGUCUCUAUGAGGAGUCUAAGGAGUCGGUCAAGUUUCCUCUACAUGGAAAGCAAGCGGCUAAUUGUAUGGCAUGGUGCCAAAGCUCUGGAUCACAUAAAAAAUCUCGCUAAAAAUCUUGCAGAAAACAUUGCAGAAGAUAGUCACGAAAUAUUUGAUUUAGUCAAGGAAGUGGAAGUGAAAGUUUUUGAGGAAGGAAAAGAGGAUAUUGAAUUUUUGAAUCGUUUGGGGGAGAAACCACAGUUGUACCACUCUUUAAAGGAGAGUGAAAAGUGUUUUGAUAAAACUCCCAAACUAUUCAAGUUUAGCAGUAUCUCGGGUAAAUUUGAGGUGAUCGAAAUUCUCUGCCCACACAGAAGUUCCAAUCACAUCACACCGUAUCCGUUUUUACAGAGUGAUUUAUAUUCUGCCAACCAACCAGCAUUGUUCCUAUUUGAUAACGAACAUGAAUUAUGGCUUUGGCAAGGUUGGUGGCCUGAGACGGAAAACACCGAGUCAGAGCAAACCGGCUCGGGACCAGUGCGAUGGCAAGCUGAACGCCGCGCUGCGAUGCAAACUGCCAUCGACUACUAUCGUUCCAAGAAUUCUUGCUGCGCGAACACUACCAUUCCGGCGUAUUUAGUCUGGGCCGGGUUGGAACCGCUUGAAUUUAGCAAUCUAUUUCUCACAUGGACUGACAGAGAUGACAUUGCGGAGUUUAAUAUUAAGGCGGGUGUUAAUUCCACAGAAUUGGUGCCGAUUGAAAAGGAAUUAGCAUUGCUCACUCGCACUACUUAUCCUUUAUCGGAACUUCUGCAACGACCGCUUCCUAUUGGUGUGGACCCUACCCAAUUAGAAAUUUACUUAUCGGCAGAAGACUUUUCUGAACUCCUGUCAAUGUCUAAGGAGGACUUUCAGCAAUUGCCAGCUUGGAAGCAGACUUCUCUUAAAAAGGAGAAAGGGUUGUUCUGACAAAAAUACACCCGUACGCAGAAUCGCCACUCUCCUACUGAAGCUAUUUUUAAACAUGUACAUUUGUACCCCAAACCAAUCUACACAACUAAAUAUGUAUUCACGAUACAGCGAUAUAUUUAAUUGUCUCAUAUACCUAUUUUAUAUUUAAUGAUAUGUCUUUUCUAUAAAUGCGUGACGUAGUGUCAAAAUUUGUUAGGAUGGGACUGUUUCUGUUUGACUUAAUAUUAUCUUUCUUGUACUUAUUAGACAUACAUCAUCUUCUCCGCGAUCAAUUAUUUAACUGUGAUUUUAUAUGUAUGUAUUUGCAUUUUUUGUUAAAUUUGUCAACAGAAUGUUGUUGUAAAUGUUGGUGCCUUGUGAAACCAUAUAAAUUACUAAUAUGAA